AUGGAGAACCACAAAGCAGCCCGCUCGGGCUUCCUAAUUAGCCUGCUCUUUUACGUGUGCUACUUCUUCUACUUCGGGUUGUACAGCUUUGAAAUAAUGUACAUUUUUCCCUCCAAAAUGGACUAUUUCAUGCUCUGUUUCUUGCUAAUCACAACCAUACUCUCCAUAUCCUUACCCUCCAUCGGAUUAAUGUACACCUCCUUCUUUCUAGUGAUCGUUGUAUCAUUAGUGGAAAUAAAUCAAUACAAAAACUCUUCCUUUGCGAGUGUAAUGGAUGAUGAGUUUAUCAAAGUGUUUUUAAUUGUUCGAUUAUUUUCCACCGUUAAUUUCCUGCUAUUUUACUAUUUGUACAUAAACAACCUCAAAAGGAAGGAACGGGUAGACCUGGCCAAGUCAAAGUCAAGUGAGAAAAAGACACAAACACAAACAGUGCAUGAAAAAACCUCGCGAGAAUAUAAAAAUGGCGAUUUGAGACAUGGCGGCAUAUUACCUGUUGGUGGAAAGUCAAUCCAAGAAGUUGUUACGCAUAAGCAAGAUAAUGAGGAUGCAUCGAAGAAAACACAAGUGAUAGAAGGCUAUAUAUUGAAACAUGUGACCAUUCCAAUUAUGGAAAAGGAUGAGAGGUCUCCUCCUCCUGCACUUUCCAGUCAACAGAAUAAAAUGUUUGAAGCUCUCCCCCAUCACCUUCCAUACAGUCAUUACAGCGUCAAAAAUGUAGAUAAUGUUGCACACGGAUUGGGAGCUAACCAGCCAAUGGGUGGUGCCACCUAUGUUGAUGACAACUUGGACGAGACUUACAGAAGACAAUAUACCUCCCCGUGGAUAGUGCCCAAGAACAACAGCAGCUUGUAUGGAAACGACGUUCCUUUCGCAGGGGCGGAGAGUCAACACUUGAAUAGAGCCUCCUACGUAAAUUCAACUACUAACACUUGCUAUAAUGGUGUCGUCAACCCGUACCCUGCGAAUAGGUUGCCCGAUGAUAGGGAUUCGUACCAAUUUAGACCUCACCAGAUGGGGGCCUACCAAUCAGGGGGGUACCCAUCCGGGGCUUACCAAGCAGGGGCAUAA